AAAUGGUCCUAUCUUUCUUGGCCAUUUAUGUUGAUUUCACUAAAAGUGAAAGUCAAAAAGAAAAAAGGAGAACAUUUGUGGCUAACGUGAACAUGAUUGUCAUGGCUCUAUUAUUGAAGGUUCAAGUGUCGUCUUCUUGCCAAUGGAAGAUUCCUUAUGUUAGCAUAAAAGGUUGUCAUGGCUCCAUGAAGGUCGCCAGACUGGUUUAAAGUUCUUGAAAAUCUUUCAAGUUGUGGAGCAGCUAGUUUUGUUCAAGUAAAUGAUAGAGUUCUUCCUUUACAACUCCUCUGUCUUCUAGUUGGUUGUAAAAUCUCGCCAAAAUUUCAUUGCCUAGCGCGAUUGGACGAACAUGGCAGUUGAUCAUUCUCUGGAACUAGCUAAGGUUUCCUGUGAUGAUGACGAUGGGCAGAUAAGAACUGGAACCUUAUGGAGUUGCGUUGCGCAUAUAAUUACUGCUGUUAUUGGCUCUGGGGUUCUGUCUUUGGCAUGGAGUACUUCACAGCUGGGAUGGAUAGGAGGGCCAGUUGCCUUGCUUUGUUUUGCAAUCAUCACCUAUGUUUCUGCUUUCCUUCUUGCUGAUUGUUAUAGGUCCCCCGACCCCAUAAAAGGAACCCGAAACCGUACCUACACUGAUGCUGUUAGAUUGAAUCUUGGUAAAAUUCAUACAUGGUUUUGUGGUUUGCUUCAAUAUCUGAGUUUUUAUGGGACAUCUGUUGCUUAUGUUAUUACUACUGCAGCCAGUAUAAGAGCAAUUCAGAAAUCAAACUGUUACCACAGAAAAGGGCAUGAUGCUCCAUGUGCAUACGGAAUUACCAAAUAUAUGCUGCUCUAUGGAGCUGUUGAGAUUGUUUUUUCGCAGAUACCGGAUCUUCAUAACAUGGAAUGGCUCUCAGUUAUUGCAGCAAUCAUGUCCUUUACCUAUUCUUUCAUAGGAUUUGGACUUGGUCUUGCAACAGUGAUAGAAAAUGGGAUGAUUAAGGGGAGCUUAACUGGAGUACCAGCUGCUAAUACUGCUGACAAAUUAUGGUUAGCAUUCCAAGCACUUGGGGACAUUGCUUUUGCCUAUCCAUAUGCCAUAAUUCUCCUGGAGAUACAGGAUACUUUGAAGUCGCCUCCACCAGAAAACAAGACCAUGAAGAAGGCUUCAAUGCUUGCAAUCUUUAUCACAACUUUCUUCUACCUUUGCUGUGGAUGUUUUGGAUAUGCAGCCUUUGGCAAUGAUACUCCUGGAAAUAUCUUGACAGGAUUCGGAUUCUAUGAGCCUUACUGGCUAGUUGACUUUGCCAAUGCUUGCAUUGUUCUUCAUUUGGUUGGUGGAUAUCAGAUGUACAGCCAACCGGUAUUCGCCGUUUCUGAAAGAUGGUUUACUCAGAAAUAUCCAAACAGUGUAUUUGUGAACAAGUUUUUCACCUUCAAGCUCCCAUCAUUACCAUCCUUGAGAGUAAAUCUUUUCAGGAUAUGCUUCAGAACAGCCUAUGUGGUGUCCACAACUGCAAUUGCAAUGGUUUUCCCUUACUUCAACCAAGUCUUGGGAGUUUUGGGGGCCUUGAACUUUUGGCCUUUGGCCAUAUAUUUUCCUGUGGAAAUGUACUUUGUGCAGAAGAAAAUUAGUCCUUGGACAAGAAAAUGGAUUGUUCUUAGGACAUUCAGCAUCUUUUGCUUGUUUAUUACCAUAGUCGGCUUAAUUGGAUCGAUUGAAGGGCUUAUAAGUGCCAAACUUGGUUGAAGAAAACUGCUUAUUAUGUUCUUCCUGAACUUGAAGUAGUAUCAUAAUAUAUAGGAAAAUAAUACAGUCACCGACGGUAGUGCACCGAAUGACAUGGCAAAAUCUUGACCGUUGAUUAAUUUUAACUUAAUAUUAAUCAACGAUCAGGACUUUGCCACGUCAUUCGAUGCACAAAUUCGGUGCACUACCGUCAGUAACUGUAGCAUUACUCUAAUAUAUAUAUCGAGUUAGGGGAAAAAUUCUGUAAAAAUACUGUUCUGGAAUGCUAAUGAAUUUGCAUCA